AUGCAAUUGAAGAGCAUUUUGACGCCGUCUUGGAUCUGGUAUAUGGUGCAUAAUUUACCCAUUAUUUAUUUGACGGCAGAUGCCAAAUGUUCAACAGUAAAUGAACGUAUUGCAUCGAUACUGCAUGGACAAAUGUGGGAUCAUCUCUACGAUAGUCUACGAGAUGGAGCAAGUCUAAAUCGAUUUCAACAUCACAUAUUCGGCUAUAAAUCACCAUUGAUAAUGCUGUUUGAAAUUUCGGAUGGAUACGUGUUUUGUUUAUGUUGUGAUGAAGACUUCAAAGAAUCACCAAAACAUUUCGGAGGCGUUCAUUCUCGAUUGAUUCAACUAAAGCCAGUUUUAAAAAUAUUACAAGAAGGACCAAAUAUAAUAUUUAUGAAUACAAAACUACGUGGUGUAUCAUCGUUAGGUCUUCACAUUGGUCGUGACUUACAACACACAUUUCUAACGAUAGAUGGUGAUUUUUUUAAUGCUACACAUAUAAACGGUGAAGGAAGACUAUCAGCAAUAGAGGUAUGGGGCUGUGGUGGAACAAAAGCCGCUCAAGAACAGGGCAAUAUGCGUCAGUGGGAAGCAAAACAAAUUGAAAAACUUCGAAAGGUUAAAAAUGACUAUGCCACAGAAGAAGUAAUAUUGAAUCUAGGUGGAGUUCAAACACGUCAUGGUUAUGAUCAAAAUCCUAAUUGA